CGCGUUGGCGUGCUGUGCAAAUAAACGGAGAUUUUACACGCGUUGUCGGAUAAAACCUGCAUUUUGAGCUAAUCUAAUACUGCAAACACGUUAGCCCUGCAGCUCAUUAACCUGGUCUAAACUGCCCUUUAUUAUUGUAUUAUAAUGUGUAUUCGGCGUCUCAACUGUAGAGUGAGCCGGACGUUUGUGAGGCAUUUUGACCGGUAGCGUCUUCGCAUUAACUAUCUUGCCUCAUGGUACGCAAAUGCAGCACCAGACGGACUGUUCUUACAUGACUUCACAUUGGCCGCGAGCUGUGACAUUGGACGCCUUCCUGCGUGGUCCGUCAGGUUGUUGUUGUUUUUUAUAAAAGGUAAAAAUAGAAAGUAGACACCUCAACAGUGUCAGUGAGCUCCCCCGCCGUACCGACACAUCUUGCCCAGCAGUAUCUUUCAAGUCUAUUUUUCUACUUUAGCACCGUGCUGGACGUAUCUGCCAUAGAGGCUCCCGUAUCUCCCUCCACAGAGUUUUCACCACAGUUUUGACUUGAAGUGCCCUCUUUACAAACAUUUUUUUAGAAAAAAAGAAGACUGUUAGAGGACAGGACAGUGAAGAAGCUCCACAAGCAGCUGCAACGAAUGCAGGAAACUCAAGUAAUAUAUGUUCGGUAAAGGUGCGAAGCGAAAGCUGGACGAGGAUGAAGAGGGGCUGGAAGGCAAAACGCUGGAGGCGCCGGUGGCGGGAGGGGGACUAGGCCUUGUGCCGGAGGGCCUGUCCAAGGUGUCCUACACCCUGCAGCGGCAGACCAUCUUCAACAUCUCCCUGAUGAAGCUGUACAGCCAGCGGCCACUUGGCGAGCCCAGCCUGGAGCGCCGCGUCCUCAUCAACAACAUGCUGCGGCGCAUCCAGGACGAGCUCAAGCAGGAGGGCUCCCUGCGGCCGCUGCUCCUGCCGCCCUCGCCGCCGCCCGACGACCCAAUGGACGAGGGUUUCCGCGAAGCGGCGCCCUCCUUUGGCGUUUUGUCCGCGCAGGCGUCCCAGGCGUCGGUGCUGCUGAUGCCGGCAAUCGUCCCACCGCUUUCGCCCCACCCAAUGGUGCCUCCCAACUGCCAGACAUCCCAGGCCAGCCCCGACUGCUCGGAGGCCUUCCCCGCCCCUCUGGAAUCCUGCCUGACCCCGGCAUCUUUGCUGGAGGAGGAUGGUGGAGAUUCAGCCUUUUGUACUCUAUCCCCGCCCACUCCUCCUCUGUCGCCUCCUCCGGCGCAGCCUCCUCCGUUACCCUCGGCACUUCUGAGCCUGGCGUCCCCCAGGGUACCUGCGCCCGCCUUGUCCAGCGACGGUUUCCCCUCUGCUCUGAGUGACAUGGAGUUGGGUCCUCCCACAGCCAUAACAAGGACAGCAGCAGCUAAUAGCACGACCGUGACUACCUCCCCUGCUCCCACGCCACUCACCCAGCCCUCCCAGCAAGCAUCCCUGUCCCCUUCACCCGCAGGUCCACUCCGAGACUGCAGGACCAUGGGUGCUAAAUCAGCGGCAGUUGGCGUCUUGCUAGCAGAAGCCCGUUGCACCGAGCUCAGGCCGAUGGACCCUCUGCCCACUCUUCCCCCUGGUGGCCUAGUAGACAUUUCCUCCUCUUCCUCCUCCUCACCGUCGGGGUUUCUCUCAGACUUGGCGCUGGACGAUGUCCUGUUCGCCGAUAUCGACACGUCCAUGUAUGAUUUUGACCCCUGCACGACAGCGGGGGCCGUGGGAGCGGCGGGAGGCGGCCUCACCAAGUUGCCGCCGGCGGUGACGGCGGACGACCUCCUCAAAUCGUUGGCGUCACCGUACAGCGGCCCCGCCCCCCAGGUCUCAGCCAAUCAGCCUUUCAAAAUAGAUCUGACAGAACUGGACCACAUCAUGGAGGUGUUGGUGGGUUCGUGACUGCCUGACACCAGAAACACACAGACAGUUUAAAAUAAGAGACUGGAAUUAACUUAUGGGGGUGGUUCCUGGUUGUUGUUGUUUUUUUUGUUGUUGUUUUUUUAACUCUUCAAAGGUCGGUAAUUGUAAACAUCGAUGGUGAUGUCAAUUAGUACUACUAUGACAACUACUACUACACAACACUGUGCAUGCACUGUGCUCGCCUUUCUAAAUACAGAAAUUAAGUAACUGGGAAACAAAGACAGCCACAUGCACACAGGUUUGUAUUCCUAUACUUGUGAGGACCUCCAUUGACUCCAAUUAAUUCCCUUAUCCUAAUUUUAAACCUAGUUUUAACCUUUAACCUGAACCUAAGCCUUAACCCUGGGAAGUAACUGUAAAUAGAAAACUGUGAGGACCGGCAGAUUGUCCUCAUUCUGGGGGAUUUUUGCAAUCAUUCUAUUCUUGUGAGGACAUUUACUCCUCACAGGUAUAGUAAUGCAAGUAUACACACAUGACACACGCACACACACACACACACACACACACACACACACACACACUGAAUUCAUGGCUUUUUAGCAGAUGAGUGCCUUUCAAAAUGACCACUUCUUCAAUUCCUGUUUUUACAGUAUUUAUCUUUUUUUUUUUUCUAGUUCUCACUUUUUUAUUUUUAUUUUUAAUUUAUUGUAUUGUGUUCAAACUAUUAUUAAGUAAAGUAAUUUCUCAUGAUCACAAAA